AUGGCCUUUACCCUGUCAGAAAUCAUGGCUGUGAGGCGGCAGCAUUCGCAGGCUCAGUCUCACGCUCAGAGAGGCAGCAGGAUGGCUGUUGAGGUGGAUGAGUAUAGCACCAACCCCACCCAAGCCUUCACAUUCUACAAUAUCAACCAGGGUCGCUUCCAGCCACCUCACGUCCACAUGGUGGAUCCGAUACCUCACGACACUCCCAAGCCGCCGGGGUACACACGCUUCGUAUGCAUCUCAGACACUCACUCCCGAACUGAUGCCAUCCAGAUGCCAUACGGGGAUGUGUUUAUUCAUGCUGGAGACUUCACUGAACUGGGACUGCCCUCAGAAGUGAAGAAGUUCAAUGACUGGCUAGGUACCCUCAACUAUGAUAUCAAAAUAGUUAUUGCCGGAAACCAUGAGUUGACCUUUGACCAGGAGUUUAUGGCAGACCUCAUCAAGCAGGACUUCUACUACUUUCCUUCUGCCUCCAAACUGAAGCCAGAAAGUUAUGAGAAUGUGCAGUCGCUGCUCACCAACUGCAUCUACUUGCAGGACUCUGAGGUCACGGUUCGAGGUUUCAGGAUCUACGGCUCUCCCUGGCAACCCUGGUACUACGGCUGGGGCUUUAACCUACCAAGGGGUCAGGCUCUUCUAGACAAGUGGAACCAAGUCCCAGACGACACAGACAUCCUAAUCACUCACUGCCCUCCGUUAGGUUUUCUGGACUGGGUCCCCAAGAAGAUGCAGCGCGUUGGAUGCAUGGAGCUACUUAACACAGUCCAGAGAAGAGUCCACCCCAAAUUGCAUGUGUUUGGACACAUUCAUGAAGGAUAUGGUGCGAUGACAGACGGCAACACAACAUUCAUCAAUGCCUCAGCCUGCACUGUUAACUUCCUCCCCAUGAACCCACCAAUUGUCUUUGACCUUCCAAAUCCCAGGACCACAUGACUAGAAGACUCUGGCUUCCAAGCCCCGACCACCAGUCAGAGGAAAUGAGUCAAUAGAGGGUUGAGGAGAAAAGGCAGGGCAGACGGAAUUGUAAAUAUUAAACAGGUGUUUCAGAAUUGCACUACUCCGUCAAAAAUGUUGUUUAUGGAAGUUAUCUGGUGGCCAAUGAGACCGUCUUCAGAUUAUUAGCGUUUAUUCAU